UCCCCAAUCUCUUAGAACCAAAAUCCCUAAUUUGUACCAAAUCUCUCUCUCUCUCUCUCUCUCUCUCGACUGUGAGCAUGGCCGACGACGGCGUUGAGCCAUGGGGGCCAGUGAAUGAAGGAAGCCAGAUAUCGACGACCAUUGUCGGAGUCCUUCGCUUCUCUAUCGAUAGCCAUUACCAGCAAACGAAGUUCUUCGAAGUCUUUAGCUUCUCUCUCCGGCUGUGACCAGCAAACUAAGCAAACAGAGCUCUCACCUCUCCCUUUGACUGGAGCUCUUGCAUCUUUCCUUCCCACCACCUAAUUUCAGGUUCAAAUUUGAUGAUGAACGGGUAACAAAGGAAGACAUAAAGAGGGCGUUAGAGGAGCAGUAUGGUGGUAAGGAAAAGGUCCAGCAGCUUGACAUACAACAACAUCUGGUCUUAAGGUCCAGCAACUUGACAUACAACAGCAAGCACUGAAACUCAUUGCAAACAGUAUGUAUGGUUGCCUGGGUUUUUCCAAUUCCAGAUUCUAUGCAAAACCGCUUGCAGAGCUGAUAACACUACAAGGAAGGGAGAUCCUACAAAGUAUUGUUGAUCUAGUUCAGAAUAAUUUAAACUUAGAGGUGAUCUAUGGUGAUACAGAUUCAAUUAUGAUUUAUAGUGAACUUGAUGAUGUUGCAAAAUGUAAGGCGAUUGCAGGGAAGGUCAUCCAAGAGGUCAACAAAAAAUAUAGGUGUUUAGAAAUUGACCUAGAUGGCUUGUACAAGAGAAUGCUGGUUCUCAAGAAAAAGAAAUAUGCAGCUGUCAAAGUGCAGUUUAAGGAUCGAACACCAUAUGAGGUUAUUGAACGGAAAGGUCUUGAUAUGGUUCGUCGUGACUGGAGCUUGCUAUCAAAGGAACUGAGAGAUUUCUGCCUAAGUCAAAUACUCUCCGGAGGGUAUAUAUAUGCAUCUAUUACUUCUUCUGUGUGUGUGUGAGUGGUUGACUGGUAAUUCAAGCAAAAUCUCUGUUACUUCUCCAAGCCUCAUAAUUUGUGUGUGAGUGGUUGCUUUUCAAUUUCCCUCUUUAGGUUCAUGGGCUCUAUUGUAUC